CAUAACUCAACAAGUAGUUAGAUUUCCAUCAAUCAGAAACUUAUCCUUAUCCCAUCUUUACUGAUUUCUUCUUCUUCAUCAUUUUCUCUGAUAUUCCACAGUUCACACUUCCAUUGAUUCUCUAAAAAUGGAUUCCACCAUUUUUGAAACUCCUCAACUCACCCACUUCGCGGCAUUACCCUACCCCGGCAGAGGCCACAUUAACGCCCUCAUGAACUUCUGCAAGCUCCUCUCUCUAAAAAAUCCCGACAUUCAAAUCUCCUUCAUCAUCUCCGACGAGUGGCUCACCUUCCUCGCCGCCGACCCCAAACCCCAAAAUCUCUAUUUCGUCACUUUCCCCAAUGUCAUCCCCUCUGAGCUUGGCCGCGCCAAGGACUUCCCUGGUUUCUUCCGAUCAGUCAACACCGUAAUGGAACCUCCAAUUCAGACUCUGCUCACUCACCUCCACCCGUUGCCGUCGAUCAUCGUUGCUGAUUCCUUCCUCACGUGGGCCGUUCGGUUAGGCAACCGCCUUAACAUUUCGGUGGCUUCCUUCUGGCCCAUGUCCGCUACAGUUCUCUCCAUUUAUUACCAUUUCGACCUUCUUACAGAAAAUGGGCAUUUCCCGGCUGAUCUCUCAGAGCGUGGUGAAGAGAUUGUCGAUUACAUUCCCGGAGUUUCCGAGACUCGUCUUGCAUAUCUUCCCACUUUCUUCUCCGGCGAUGGCCAUGAAGUCAUUGAUUUAACAUUGGAAGCUGCACGUUCUAUUGACAAAGCUCAAUUUCUCAUCUCCACUUCUGUUUACGAGCUUGAACCCUUUGUAAUCGAUAUUUUGAAACUGAAAUUUCCAUUUCCAGUUUACACAGUCGGACCCUGUACACCAUAUUUCGACGCCCCAAACGGCUGCACGGACGACUAUCUUCGGUGGCUGGACUCCCAAGCAGAGGGCUCUGUUUUGUACAUUUCGCAGGGGAGUUUUCUUUCAGUUUCAAGGGCGCAAAUGGACGAGAUCGUCGCCGGCGUGAAAGCCAGUGGCGUUCGGUUCUUGUGGGUGGCGCGCGGGGACGACGUCCAGUUGAAGGGCGUAGGUAGAGAAACGGGGAUGGUGGUUCGAUGGUGCAACCAAUUGAGGGUUCUUUGCCAUAGCGCCGUUGGGGGAUUUUGGACUCACUGCGGUUGGAAUUCGACUCUAGAAGGGGUUUUCGCGGGGGUUCCGAUGCUGACGUGGCCGAUAUUCUGCGACCAAGUUCCGAACAGUAAGAAAAUUGUGGAGGAUUGGAAAGUUGGUGUGCGACUGAAAGCAGUUGGGGUUGGGGAUUUGGUGACGGGAGAGGAAAUUGCAGAGUUUGUGAAGAGAUUUAUGAACUCAGAGAGAGUUGAAGGAAGGAAGAUGAGGAACAGAGUGAUGGAAUUGCGAGAAAUUUUCCGACGAGCGGUGGCGAAAGGCGGUUCCUCUUAUUCUAACAUUGAUGAAUUUCUCAACCAUAUUACUGCUAUUACUGCUUGAUCUGGUGGUUCAUUCGAGGCACAAUUUAUAUCUAUGUACACUCAUUUAGACCUAGUUUAGUAAUCAUUUAUCUUUUUUACUUAGUUUUUUAAACCAUUAAAAAUUAGAUAAUAAAGAAAAAAAAUUGGUGAUAGAA